GUCGCGAAUGUAAACAGUAUACACACACUUGCUGAAUAAAUGAAGAGUCAGUCGUCGCUGAACUGUCACAGAUCGCACACUAAAGCUCAGAAGUGGUCGGACCUACCGAAGUGAUAAUUUCAAAAGAAAAAUAAAAAUCGGCAUUAAUGAAUUGUAAUCCUGGCAAUUACACAUUAAAAGAACUAAAAGCUCUGUGCGUACAAAACAAACUUAAAAGUAGUGGCACAAAAAUCGAAUUGAUUAAAAGACUUGAAAAUAUUAAAUUUGAGUGGUGCGCGCUUGAAAAAAAUAAAACAGCAAUGAAAAAAAUCAACGCCACAGAACAAACCGGUAAAAUAGACAGGGAUGAAAACAACGGCAACGGCGAAGAACAAAGUAGCGAAAACGAGAUAGCAAGAAGUAGCGACAACGACGGCGACACGAUGACGGCAACGGUUGCACAUACAUACAAAGGAAUGCAAGAAACAGAAGGUUCGAGAAAAGUAACGGGAUCUUGCGAAAUAAAUGUUAACAACGAAAAUGAGAUCGAGCAAUGUUCUGAGAGGCAGAUGGUGAGCGCCAGCAACAAUGAGUCCAACAAAUGUUUAGCGAUCCCGAUGGCCAGCAACAAUGAUCCCGAGAUGCAAUGGCUGGCAACAAGGAGCCACAACAAUGUUUUGGAAACCAAAUGAUGCGGAACAAUGUAACUAUCCAAGACAGCGAUAUUCAAAGAAUGGAAAAUGAGUUGAAAAUAUUGAAGCUGCAAAAUGAGAUCGACCAGUUAAAAAAUAAACAACAACGAAGUAACGAAACAGACUCAAGCAUUUCUUUCGAAAUUUUAAAGGAGAUCGUUAAGAAAAAUUUCAAGGUCGGCGACGAGAUGAUGCGUGCGCUGAUUCACUACAAAGUUAAGGGCGAUGCUGAAAUAUGGCUGUAUUCAAGCACGAGCGCUACUAUGGACACAGCGGAUAAAAUGUUAAGCCACCUGGAGAAAAUGUUCGUAAUGUCCAAAGAAUCAAAGUUGAGUAUGCGGCAGAAGCUACAGAACUGCGUCUGGAUCAAAGGUGAGGAGUUCUCCAAGUACUACAACGAGAAGUGGCAGCUGGCGGAUAACUUAGCACUGGCAGAAGAUGAAUUUUUGGAAUAUGUCAUUGACGGCAUACACGAUGUCAAUCUACGCAAUCUGGCUAAGUCGCGUUCGUUCAAGACCGGAUUGGAGCUUCUGGAGGCAUUCCGAAACGUUGAGUUGGGCUACGUUCCUAAGCCCAAGUUACCGGAAGACCGUAGAGCAGGAGAUUUUCAGAAGCCACGAGGUAAUGCAGAGUGCUACAAUUGCCACAGUCGGGGCCACCUGGCCAAAGAGUGCCGCAAGCCUAAGAGACAAGAUGGGGCUUGUUACGCAUGUGGCUUGCAAGGACAUGUUGCUAAGGAGUGCAACCAAUACAAGAAGUCGAAGGGCGGGGACAACGAUUAUAAUGUCUCAUAGAUUCUGGCAGCCCGAUAAGUAUUAUUAAAAACGUUUUAUACCAAGUCAAAUUAAAAUGGAAAAGACUACUUCUUUAAGUUACGUUGGAUUAAAUUUAAGUAAAUUACAAAUACAUGGAAGCGUAAAAUGU